CAGUCUUCCUGUUUUCACUCAGAGCAGCAGCACCAUUAGUUAGUCAGUUCUCCUGAGAGCAAGCUGCGUUUGAUUGUGUGGAAGGGAAAUCACGUUUCAACACUCAGCAGCCAUUUUUCCACCAUGAAUGUGUCCCAGACAAUGGAGACAGAGGAGGAUCUCCUGACUUGUCUCCACAUCAAGUUCUACCACCCUCAGCAGAGUUGCAGGGGCCUUUAUGGGGCACUGCCUCUGGGGAAGAGGAGCAGACACUCGUCAGAUGAACCUCUCAGGCUGGGCCGGGAUGCCCAGGCCUGCACCUACGCCCUGGUUGACCCUCGGGUGUCCCGGAAACAGUUUGUCCUCUUCGCCUACCGCACACCCCAGAGCCUGGACAUGCAGUUCACCAUCCAGAACCUGAGCCAGAAGGGGAAGCUGUCAGUCAACAGCUCUAGUCUGGGCCACCUGGAGAGGGUCGAUCUCCCAGACAAGGCCCUGAUCCGUUUCGGAGAGUAUGAAGUCGAGAUUAUCCGCGAGUCAGGCGAAGCCAAGGGCAGCUUUGAGGUGGACUUUGAGGUGCUGGCCGUGCCUCCAUCCAGGGAGACGUGCGUGUGCGUGCCAAGUAUGACACCUGUCAUGGACACAGGCUCAUGUGUGACGAAUGGUUUCACUUCUGAACUCACAGCACUUGGCCCCCUGGAGACUGAUGAGACUCUCAUGUAUCAUUCAUGAGAUAUUGUAACGUGCUUUUACUUGAUUAUUGGCCAACAUUUGAAAGCAAUGCAGAUUGCUGUGUAGUUGUUACAUUAGAUUGCAUGCAGGCUUGUAGCUAAUUCCUGUUUAUAAUGUGAAACUGUUAUGACUUUGUGCUCUUUUCUCCAUGUCUUUAUACAUCAUUAACAAGCUGUGACCUUAAUAACCCCUACUUUUUAAAAUGAAUGCAAAGAAGCACCUCACAGUAAAUUUGUUUUUCAGUAACAUACUCUUUGUGGGUGUUGUUUUGAAAUGUUAAAAAUUUGCCACAGGUUUGGAAUUUCAGGGAAACUCCCAGUCUCACAAUCGGGAGGUGUUUGAUUUUUCAUCAAUCCAAAACACACAAAAUACAAAUCGGUUAAACUGUUUUUGGUCUGAGCUCGGGUUACAGCGCAAAGCUUCACUUCUACUUUGAGCAGAAAAGUUGAGGAACCCACUGCACUUUAAGUUUCACUUAAUGAAGGAGGUAUUCAAGUAUUUUUUCAUAUAAUACAAUAUCAAAUCAUGAGUAAAAUAAAAAAAUGACAGAUCAUUUUAUGAGGGAUUAUUUUCAGAUCUAUACAUUGUCUCUCUUGCAUUAUUGCUGAGAUUUCUAGUAAACUGUGUUUUUCAGACCAUACUUUUUUAUGGAUCUUGACCUAUGACCUCUGUUCCAAAAGUGAAUCAUCUGGAUUUACCCUGAGAGGCCGAACAUGAGCUCAGAGGCGGAAUCAGACGAUCUCCUAAAGUCCACAACCCUUUCCCCUUUCUUACAUCAUACACUCUGAUGUCUCCCCCUCCUACUGACUAACUUGUAUCCUCCUUCUAGUCCCACCCCCACCCCUCCAGGGAGAAUGUUAAGAAGAUGAGUCAGAGUUUA